AUGGGUAGAAGAAAGAUUUCAAUUCAACCUAUUACUGAUGAGCGUAAUAGGAAAGUGACAUUUGUAAAGAGAAAAGCUGGUCUAUUUAAAAAAGCACAUGAAUUGGCAGUUUUAUGUCAAGUAGACUUGGCUGUUAUAAUACUAGGAAAUAACAAUUCAAAAUUCUAUGAAUAUAGUUCAGUUAAUGUUCAAGAUUUAUUGGGUGAUUUCAAAGAUAGUAAAUUUCUACAUGACUCCAAAACACCAGCAGAUUAU